AUGUGUCGACUGUUAUGCUGUUGCUUCUGCCGCAAGAAGAAAAAGCCGCGAGAUGUGAAAAAGAGUAAGAAGGGAAAGAAAGAUGGAGGCCUUGUCGUUGUGAGGCCGACUAAGCCUAAGAAGAAGAAGAAGCGCGAUGGUGGAGUAGAAGUAAAUGCAGACGUAUGUUGCUGCUGUUUUGGCGGAGACGGCAACGGUGGUGAUGGUGGUGGAGGGGACGGUGGUGGUGGUGGUGGAUGUGGAGGAGGCGGUGGCGGCUGCGGAGGUGGAGGUGGAGGUGCUUAA